GUUGCAUGUUAGGGCCCAUGCUUCGAUACGUUUUGUUAAAUUUUGGUUUGUGUUAGUUUUGUUUAAUUAAUUGUGAAUUUAAUUGCACCUUUCGGUGUUUCUCGUUUGUUCGUUUAUUAUAUUUUGUUGAAUUAACUGUUUUCUUUCCUUAGUUAAUCAAUAUGCCGUCUGACAGUAAAAAGAAACGUGAAGCUAAAAAAAAGGAACAAGCCAAAGCAAGAGAAGGUACCAAGAAAGCUGAUGCUCCUCAAACUAAUGGUGUUACAAAUUCUGGUAAAGGCGAUGAUGGUAAUUAUGAAGAAGAGAUUAUUAAGAAAAUCGAAAGAGACAUGGACCUAAAUGCCGAAUACCGUUCCUGUACUGGUGUUCUUGGAGUCCAUCCUAGAUCCAGAGAUAUCAAGAUUGAUAAUUUCUCAUUAACAUUUCAUGGAUGUGAAAUUUUGACUGAUACUAAAUUAGAACUCAAUUGUGGUCGUCGUUAUGGUCUAAUUGGUUUGAAUGGUUCCGGUAAAAGUACUCUUUUAGCAGCAAUCGGAAAAAGAGAAAUCCCUAUUCCUGAACAAAUCGAUAUUUAUCAUUUAACUCGUGAAAUACCUCCCUCUAAUAAGUCAGCUCUGGAGGCAGUUUUAGAUGUUGAUCAAGAAAGGGCAAGGUUGGAAAAGCUGGCUGAAGAGCUAAUUCAAAAUGAUGAUGAGGAAUCUCAAGAUCAGUUGAUGGAUAUUUACGAAAGAUUGGAUGAAAUUGGCGCUGAUAAAGCUCAAGCAAAAGCAGCAUAUAUUCUUCAUGGUCUAGGUUUUGAUAAAGAAAUGCAAGCUAAAGCUUGUAAAGAUUUUUCUGGAGGUUGGCGUAUGAGAAUCGCCUUAGCAAGGGCCCUUUAUGUUAAACCACAUCUUUUACUUCUUGAUGAGCCAACUAAUCAUCUUGAUUUGGAUGCCUGUGUCUGGCUUGAAGAAGAAUUGAAAACUUACAAAAGGAUAUUAGUUAUGGUUUCUCAUUCCCAGGAUUUCAUGAACGGCGUUUGUACUAAUAUAAUCCAUCUUUAUAGCCUAAAGUUGCACUAUUAUGGUGGUAACUAUGAUGCCUUCGUUAAAACCAGAUUAGAACUGCUGGAAAAUCAAAUGAAACGUUACAAUUGGGAACAAUCUCAAAUAGCUCACAUGAAAGAAUAUAUAGCUCGCUUUGGUCAUGGAAGUGCUAAACUUGCUCGACAAGCUCAAAGUAAAGAAAAAACUUUAGCUAAAAUGGUUGCUGGAGGAUUAACAGAAAAAGUAGUUUCAGAUAAAACGUUGACAUUUUACUUUCCGUCUUGUGGAGGUAUACCUCCGCCUGUGAUAAUGGUUCAAAACGUGUCCUUCCGUUAUAAGGAAGACGGACCAUGGAUUUACAAAAAUCUUGAGUUUGGAGUUGAUCUUGACUCGAGAAUAGCUUUAGUUGGUCCCAAUGGAGCCGGUAAAUCAACCCUUUUAAAAUUGAUUUAUGGAGAAUUAGUUCCCAAUGAUGGACUUAUUCGUAAAAAUUCUCAUCUACGGUUAGGCCGAUAUCAUCAACAUCUUCAUGAACUGUUAGACCUGGAUUUAUCAGCAUUAGACUACAUGUUGAAAGCAUUUCCAGAGGUAAAGGAAAGAGAAGAAAUGAGAAAAAUUAUCGGUCGCUAUGGUUUAACAGGUCGUCAACAAAUCUGUCCAAUUAGACAAUUAUCAGAUGGUCAACGUUGUAGAGUUGUAUUUGCUUGGUUAGCUUGGCAAGUCCCUCACAUGUUGCUUCUGGACGAACCUACUAACCAUUUGGAUAUUGAAACAAUUGAUGCUCUUGCUGAUGCUAUCAACGAUUUCGAUGGUGGUUUGAUGCUUGUUAGUCACGACUUUAGGCUUAUCAGUCAGGUUGCUAAAGAAAUUUGGAUUUGUGAAAACCAAACUGUCACCAAAUGGACUAAGGGUAUUCUAGCUUACAAGGAACAUCUUAAGAAGCGCAUUAUGAAAGAAAAUGCCAGACCUGAAUGAUGUGAUGCAUGACACUAAACGGGAAACCGUUUAAAUCAAUAAAAUAUUUCAUUCGUCUUCACGCUUGAAAAAAAACUUUCAAAAUCUCUAUGAUCGGAUUCUCGCUUUCAAUGUUGAAUUACUCAUGCUCGAAUCUUCGAAUUGCACUCAAUUUAAGACAAUUGUAUUUUUAUAUUCAUUGAUUAGAUAAUUCUGUUUGUGUGAAAUCUCCAUUUGACUGUUAGAUUACACCAAAUCAAUCGCGACAGUGAGAUUAUAAAUUUUGAAUUUGCAAACAUUGAA